ACACUUUGUAAAGUGUCAAUUCGAGCGCUCGCAUCAGCCUGAAUUGAAUAUUCCACCCAAAGAGAAUGAUGGGACACAGAUCUGCAGAAAGCACUCACUAUUUUCUGGUAGUUUUAGUGGUUCUCAGUGCAUCAAUGUCGUUGUCACUCGGGCUUUCUGUCGCCGACUGUCGACUCCCUGAAUGUAAAGGCGUGACAAGUGAAAUGCCGAAGGGAUUUUCACGCGAUGAAAUUCCACAAAUAGUUUUGGUUACUUUUGACGACGGCUUCACUGAAAAAAAUAUUAAAUAUUAUCGAGAAUUGUCAAAGUCUGAAUUAAAAAACCCUAACGGAUGUCCUAUCAGCUUCACAUUUUUUAUUUCUGGUGAAAAUAAUUAUACUUUUUCAAAAGAAAUGUACAACGAUGGACAUGAAAUGGCCAGUCACACCAUGUCCCAUGCAUUUCCAGUCGCUUCUUGGAGUAAUAAGACUUAUGAUGAAUACCGAGACGAAAUAAACGGAAUAAAAAAUAACCUUGUUAAAAAAUCUGGCAUUCCUGAAAGUGACAUUAAAGGUUUUCGUUCACCUUUUCUUCAAAUGGGAGGUGACAUUCAAUUUCAGGUCCUGAAAGAUUUGGGGUAUGUUUGGGAUUCUUCGAUAGUUAUGGGUACAGACAACGAUCAGGGCAGAGAACAGUACUGGCCAUUCACACUAGAUACUCCUUUAAAGAGUAAGCUUGAACAAGAAAAGCCCGGCGUUUCAGGCAAGGCUUGUAUGAAUGAGAAAUGCCCAACAAAGUCCUAUCCUGGCCUUUGGGAAAUACCCGUAAAUCGUUGGUAUGACAACAAUAAAAAACCUUGUUCUCUCUACGAUGGUUGUGAUCAACCAAACAACAAAAAAAAAUAUGUCAAGUUUUUGAAGGAAGCGUUAUACAAGAAUUAUUAUACAACUCGUGCUCCAGCUGGUCUGUUUCUUCAUGUGAAUUGGGUUCUUACUGAACCGUAUAAGUUUGAAGUCUUGAAACAAUUUCUAGAAGAAAUUACUGAAAUAGAAAAUGUUUGGAUAUUGAGCAUAUCAAAGGCUUUGGAAUGGAUAAAGAAUCCGCAGAAAAUGAAAAAUAAUUCAAACUUCGACGCUUGGAAGUGUUUCAUCGAAAUGGGCUUUCAAGGUUUUUACCAGAGACGCCAACACACAUUUUGGCUGUCAUUAAUUUUGCUCCAUGUUUUAUUUAUUAUUCCAUCAUAUUCUCAGGAAAGCUGUACAGAAACCGGUGACUAUAAGUGCCAUGAAACAGACGAUUCCAAAUUCUAUCAUUGUACAGGACCUAAACACGGUAUAUUGAAAAAUUGUGGUAAAGGACUAGCAUUCAAUCCAAGCCUUAAAGUCUGUGUCUGGCCAGGCGUUGACCAUUGCAAAUCACAGAGAGAUCAGUCAAAAACCACCAAUGAUGUUGGAGCUACUGCCAAACCACCUACAAAGUCAACCACUACUUCUAAACCAUCAACUCAUCCUCAAACUACUUCUAAACCAUCAACUCAUCCUCAAACUACAAAGAAACCAUCAACUCAUCCUCAAACUACCAAGAAACCAUCAACUCAUCCUCAAACUACCAAGAAACCCCAACUCACUGGUCCCUGUCGUCCAGAAUAUUGCAAGUUACCGAAUUGUAAAUGUCCUGGUCCUGAAAUUCCAGGCUCACUGUCAACGUAUGCAACUCCGCAGAUAAUUCUAUUGACAUUUGACGACGGAGUUGAUGAGGUUAAUAUGGCUUAUUACAGACGAUUGUUUAAUUCUGGCAUAACCAAUCCAAACGGCUGUCCUAUCAAAUCAACAUUUUUUGUUUCCGGCGAUUAUACUAAUUAUAACAGCGUGAAAGAAUUAUAUAACAAUGGACAUGAGAUAGCAUCUCAUAGUAUAACGCAUAAACUUCCCGUUAGUUACUGGUUGAAUGCCAGUCGUGUGGUUUAUACCAAUGAAAUAGUUGGUAUGAAACAAGAACUUUGUAUAAGGGCAAAUAUUGCCGAAAACGAUAUUCGAGGAAUGCGCUCACCGUUUCUUGCAUUGGGAAAAGAUGCUCAGUUCGAAACUUUGGCCGAAUAUGGAUUUUCUUAUGACAGUUCGAUGGUAACAGGAUUGGUUACUUCUACUGCAGAGGUACCGACAUGGCCCUUUACACUUGAUUACCCAGUUAACAAAAAAUAUUGCACACUUAAAUUCUGUCCAGAGAAAUCAUAUCCAGGAUUAUGGGAAGUCCCACUUACGCGUUGGUACAAUAGCAGAGGAAGUCCUUGUUCAAUGCCUGAUGCAUGCAGAGUUUCUAAAAAGCCAAUGGAAGUUCUACAAUUCUUGAGAGAAAAUUUUAAUCGCCAUUACAAAAAAAAUAAGGCGCCUUUCGGUAUAUUUUUGCAUUCACCAUGGCUUAUGAACAAUUUAAACCCAUUGAAGAAAUUUCUGAAAGAAGUUACUCGCAAUAAAGAUGUAUGGAUUGUGACUGUGUCUCAAGCUUUGCAAUGGAUUCAGAAUCCAGUUCCCAUUGAACAAUAUCUCUCAAUUCAAAAGUUGGAAAUGUACAUAAACAUGUGAAAAAAAAAA